UUCUCACUCAUUUUCACACACCAGCUUCAACUCCAUUCCUCAUCUCUCUCUCUCUCUGUUAGUGUUUCUGCAUCUGUGUGUGACAAAUAGAGUAGUGUUGUGAAGAAGAAGAAGAAGACAAUGGCUGCUGUGGGAGGUAGCACAGUAAUGUGCCUUAUUGUGUCUGUGAUCUGGGUUUUGGCGUCGGUAGUGGUUGAGGCUCGAAUUCCCGGGGUUUACACUGGCAGUGGGUGGGAGAAUGCCCAUGCAACAUUCUAUGGUGGCAGUGAUGCUUCUGGCACCAUGGGGGGAGCAUGUGGGUACGGAAACUUGUACAGCCAGGGAUACGGAGUGCAGACGGCGGCGCUGAGCACGGCGCUGUUCAACGACGGGAAGAGCUGCGGGGCGUGCUUCGAGAUAAAGUGCAUUAACGACGGGAAGUGGUGCCACCCCGGGAGCCCCUCCAUCUUCGUCACGGCCACCAACUUCUGCCCCCCAAACUAUGCCCUCGCCUCCGACAACGGCGGCUGGUGCAACCCUCCCCGCCUCCAUUUUGACCUCGCCAUGCCCAUGUUCCUCCAGAUCGCCGAGUAUCGCGCCGGCAUCGUCCCCGUCACCCACCGCCGGGUGCCGUGCAGAAAACCCGGAGGCAUCAGAUUCACGAUCAACGGCAACCCGUACUUCAACCUAGUUCUGAUCACCAACGUCGCGGGUGCAGGUGACAUAAUGAAGGCGAGCGUGAAAGGGUCGAGAACCGGCUGGAUGGCCAUGACCCGCAACUGGGGUCAGAACUGGCAGAGCAACGCCGUUCUGGUUGGGCAGUCACUCUCCUUCAGGGUCACCGGCAGCGACCACCGCACCUCCACCUCCUGGAACGUCGUCUCCUCCAACUGGGAGUUCGGAAAAACUUACGUCGGAAAAAAUUUCAAGGUCUGAAAAUUUUCCCGACCGCUUCAAAAAUUUAAAAUGCGGCGGUUUUGUAAUUUUCGGUCUUACAUUUUCCUGGAAAAUGGACCAGGGAAAAGGAGAGAAAAAGUUGGGUGCGUUCGUUUUUGGGUUCGUUGGUUGUGUUGAGAUUAACUAAUUAUUUAUGAACUUUUCAGGAGACAUAGAAAAAGAGAAACGUAAAUAAUUAGUGUUAAGAUGGUAAUAUGUGGGGAGGCAUACACGUGUAUAUUUUAUUGGCCUUGUACGACGUCGUGUCGCUUUGUGCUAAUUUCAUUUAAAUAAUAAAGUUUGUACUUCAUUUUAA